AUGAAACUACUCAUCAUAAUGAAUAUUUUAUCAGUAGUAUAUAAUGCUCAAAUAUUGUCAAAUCGAUCUCCAUCUGUUGAUAAACCUAAAGUUCAACAAUCAUCUAAUGGACUUACUGACAUUGGAAGAACUGUAGUGGAUAUUCAAAUUAAUGGAGCUUUAUUGGCAAAUGCAAAGACAGAUGAACUGAUCAGAUGGAAUCCUAUUUAUGAAAAUUCUAAUUCAAAUGAAUACAUGAAACUAUCUAUUACAAUCCGUCGUUUGAUUAAAAAAUUGGUUAAACUGGCUAUUCCUCCAGGAUCCGAUGAUGGAGAUUUUGGAAAAGUUAUACUUUCUAAAGUAAAUAUUCCUAUUACAGAAUCUCAAGUGUUUGGUGGAGUGACAGCCGCGCUGUCAGUGAGGUUUUUAUAUCCUAAUGCACAAAAACUAAAUAUCGGUUCAAUAAUGGAUCAUUUAAAAUCUAAUUAUGUUCGUAAUAGCGAAAUAUCAUCCUUGAAAAUCAUCCAACUUAAAGUGAAUGUUACAGCAGAAAACGUGGAACAGACCGAUUCAUCUCAACAACCAACAACUGAACUGCGAGCAGUGAACACAGACGGAAGUUUGUCAUCACAAAAUGUACUGCCCGAGGACGGAGUUACAGCAGAAAACGUGGAACAGACCGAUUCAUCUCAACAACCAACAACUGAACUGCGAGCAGUGAACACAGACGGAAGUUUGUCAUCACAAAAUGUACUGCCCGAGGACGGAGUUACAGCAGAAAACGUGGAACAGACCGAUUCAUCUCAACAACCAACAACUGAACUGCGAGCAGUGAACACAGACGGAAGUUUGUCAUCACAAAAUGUACUGCCCGAGGACGGAGUUACAGCAGAAAACGUGGAACAGACCGAUUCAUCUCAACAACCAACAACUGAACUGCGAGCAGUGAACACAGACGGAAGUUUGUCAUCACAAAAUGUACUGCCCGAGGACGGAGCUUCCAGUCAUCAAAAUAUUGUUCAUUCAAACGAUGUUUUAGUUCCUCAUUACGAAUGUCAAACUUCUCUGAAUCAAUCUUCUAAUUGUGAAAGUUCGUCUGAUACAGUUCAAUCAUAA